ACCUUUGCAUCCCACUUCCUCAUCAUGACCGACCGCUUCGCGUCUCUUCUCUAUCUACUCGCCCUCUUUAGCACAGCUCUCUCAGGUCCGAGGAGCGCGUUCGUGCGUUACUACGAGGGACUGGAUUACGACCGACUCGACAUGACGUCUCAACACGAGCGCGCUCGCCGUUCAAGUUCUCAGUCAGUAAAGCUGGAGUUUCGCGCCCAUGGCAGACAUUUCGACUUCCACAUGAGACCAGACACAAGCAUAUUUACUGAAGACGUUGAAUUUGUAAACGAAAAAGAAGAGCCAAUCGAGUACGACCAACAACGAGUGUACAGAGGAGCACACAGAGGUGACCCUAAUACAAUUAUCUAUGGUGUGAUGUCACAAGACGGCACGUUUGAUGGUGCCAUACACUCAAACUCUGAGAAAUACUACAUCGAGCCUUCAUCACGUCAUAAACUCUUCCCAACGUUGUCCCACUCGGUCAUCUACAAAGCGUCUGAUGUCGUAUUCGAUAUGGAAAAUGAGACGUCGUGUGCAGUGAAGGAAGAAAUGUUGAGACGAUUAAAUGAAAAGAACAAACUACCUGAAGAAGAAAUCAAGCGAAGACAAAGCUUACAAAGACGAGUACAACGAUACAAACGGGCAGCAUUCAAUAUUGAUGAUGAACACACUGAAUGUCGAAUUCAGAUCGUUGCUGAUCAGAAGUUGUAUAAACAUCUUGGCAAUAACGAAAAUGCGGCUCUAAGCUUGUUGGUAAGGCACGUGCUGGAGGUGAACACCAUAUUUCCUGCGACGGAUUUUGAUCUGGACGAACGUGGUGAUAAUAUUCGUAUAGCAAUCAGGCGAGCUGCUGUUUGGAAGGAAGCUCCUGCGGACACUGACUUUGAUCAAACAUUUCUCGGUGUUGACAAGUUUCUCGAUUCCUGGUCGCUUUACGACCACCACGAGUACUGUCUUGCAUAUCUCUUCACGUAUCGAGAUUUUGACGAAGGUGUCCUAGGCCUCGCAUUUGUCGGCUCAACAUCGUCAUCAACCGCAGGCGGGAUUUGUGAGGACUACACCCCGUUUACUGGCGGAGUUUCGAAGAGUCUCAACACUGGCGUUGUCUCGUUGGUCAACUAUGGCCAGACUGUGCCAAUAACCGUCUCUCGUAUUACAUUUGCUCACGAGAUAGGACACAACUUUGGUUCAAAUCACGACAUGUCGGGAGCGUGUGCUCCUGGUGGCACGGCUGGGAAUUACAUUAUGUACUUUCGAGCGACGAGCGGGACUGAACAGAACAACGAUCAGUUUUCGUUGUGUAGUAGAGAUAGUAUGGGAUCUGUGAUUCAAGUGAAGGGACAGGGAGCGGGAUGCUUUGAAAAUUCAACUGGAGUUAUUUGUGGUAAUGGUGUGAUUGAAGGCGACGAGGAGUGUGACUGUGGAUUUAUGGCUGACUGCACUGAUAGUUGUUGUUAUUCUGCUAAUGAAGCAAAGUCGAAACAGUGUAGAUUGAAAACAGGCGUUGUGUGCAGUCCACAACAGGGUCCAUGUUGUAACGAGCAAUGUGAGUUCCAGAGCAAUACUGUAAUAUGCCAAGAAGAUGAUGGUUGUAAAGCCGCCUCAAAUUGCAGCGGUGUGAGUGCAACUUGUCCUGACUCUCCUGACACCAGUUCAAGAAACGGUCAUUUUUGCAAAAAUGAAAGAAGAGUUUGUGUAGACGGGGAAUGUACGGGCUCCAUCUGCUUGAUUGGUGGAUACGAGCCAUGUGAAUGCCUUGAAGCAACCCAUUUCUGUGAUGUCUGCUGUGAAGUGGCAGGCACUUGUGUGACGUCGUUCUCGAUUGAAAGCCUAAAUGUCAGCACGAAAGUCCCACCCGGCACUGCCUGCAACCAGAACCAGGGAUAUUGCGACUACUUCCACGAGUGUCGGCUGGUUGAUCUCGACGGUCCGAUCGCCCGUUUGAAAAACCUCCUCUUCUCUACAGAGAGCAUAGAGACCGCCAAAGAGUGGCUCACCAAGUACUGGUGGGGAGCAGCUCUGAUUGGUGUUGGGGUCAUCCUCCUUAUGGCUGGUUUCAUUUGGCUUUGCUCGAAGAAAACUCCGAAGAGCUAUCCGAAACCAGAUGGAGGCAAUCGGAGGAGAUAGAGAGGGCAGAAGUGCUGCGAUUUGGUGCAGAUAGGAUUGAUGGAUUAGUUAGUAUUUUAAAGUUAAAUGCAUAUGAAUGCGGAGGUGAUGUAGUGGUGGUAGUAAUUACUGUACGAUGUGUGAUCGAUUGGGUUAUUUGCUGACUCGCUGCUGGUCAUGUCAGUUUAGUAUAUUUACGCGUAUUAAUUUUUGGAUUGUAUGAUGGUGUAA